AUGACCGGCACUUACGAGGCGAAGAUCAAGUUCUACGAAGAGUCGCACGUCCUUCUGGAAUCUCUGUCGAAGGAGGUCGGGCUGAUUAUUCUUGGUGACUUAAAUGUUCUGCUCGAGGCAGACUGAGCUCACUCACGGAAUCGCCGACUGGAACGAGAAUGGCCUCCUCCUGCAAACCUCUGUUGAAAACUGCCUCCUGCUGACCAACGCCUUCUCCCGCCUGUCGAUGCUGAAGGCACCGCAGAGGGUGGCUCUGGCAGCCGCUGGACUGCGUUCUGCUUCGGAGGCCAAAUCGGCGUGACAUGCUGGUGACCAGAGCGAUCUGCGUUACCGAUGACUGGACCGACCACAGCCUCAUCGUCUCCUAAAUGAGGCUGUGUCUGCAAUCCUUCAGGAGGCCACAAGGUAGGCGACCACCAGGUAAGUCAAAUACCGCUUUGUUGCUUUGCCCAUUCACCGCUUUCAUCUCAACAGUCUACUGACCUAUCGGCUGGAAGACUGAUGACAGCCCUCGCUUCCUUAUUCCCCGUCACGUUGUCGUGAUGCCGUCCUGUCCGCUUCAGGCUCGCUGCCAAUUCGUUACCGGAACAGCGCGAAGGUUGUCACUAGCCUCGCGAGAGGUCGAAGCAAAUCAGCACUGCCUCUUCUUUGAUUGGUCGGCGGGCGCACACACGCUGGGGACACAAAGGAUACAACUAGCCUGUAGAGACAGCUUGUGGCAACUGCUUACUGAGUCUCUUAUACGCUCUUAAAGGUCAAUAAAGUUUCACAAUCCAAUCCGUCUUCCCUGAUUUCUGAUCUGGGGUUCUUUGUGUUGUCGAGCAUACCACCUCCCAAUAGAUCUGUCUGCCCCAGAUGAAAACGCCUCCGUGGGGAUUCGAUGGUGCCAACUUCAGGAAGCUGUCCAUUACACUGCCCUGGGUCUCCUCGGCCUCGCACGUCGUCGGCACCAAGACUGGUUUGACGACAACGGCGCAGUGAUCAACAAUCUGCUCACCAAAAAUCUAAGGCUGCACAGAGCCUACCUCUACCUUCCAACUGAUGCAAACGAAGCUGUUUCCUACCAAUUUCGCCGUUUUGCUCAACAACAAUUAGGAGAGAUACAGGACGCCUGGAUGACUCGCAAGGCUGAGGAAAUCCAACGAUUUACCGACCGAAACGGAUCCAAGAUCUUUUUUACUGUGAUCAAGGCGAUCUACGGAUUCCUACCAAGAGAACAGCGCCACUUAUCAGCUCCGAUGGAUCAAUGCUUUUGA